CUUUUAGCACUGGGAAUGCUCGUAUCUGGCAGCAUAAACACAAUCUGCACCAAGUAUGCGGACAUGCAAUGUACCUUUGACCAUCCGUUCGUGCAAGCAGCAGGCAUGUUCCUCGGCGAGAUGUUCUGUCUCUUCGCACUCCAGGCCGUCUUGUGCUUUGGUAUUCCUGUAGAGAGGAACCGCGACUACCCCGUCAUGCUGUUCGCUCUCCCAGCACUUUGUGACUUGGUAGGGACGAGCCUCAUGUACCUCGGCCUCACCAUGACAUACGCAAGCGUCUUCCAGAUGCUGAGAGGGAGCGUCGUUCUUUUCACUGGGAUUCUCUCUGUGAUCGUGCUGGGGAAACGGCUGGCGGCGUGCCAUUGGACGGGGAUGAUGCUCGUGCUCGCCGGUGCAUUUGUGGUGGGAUCAGCUUCGCUCAAGACAUCAGACACAACUUUGGCUCCGAGCAACCCGGUCCUGGGGAACUUGCUCAUAGUGUCCGCGCAGUUUGUUGUCGGAAUACAAAUGGUGGUUGAGGAGAAGUUCCUCAGCAAGUAUCAAGUGCAUGCGUUGGAGGCUGUGGGGCUGGAAGGGGUGUUUGGGCUCCUCUACCUCAGUGUGGGCCUGGUCGCCAUGUACUACAUUCCUCUCGGCAACGACGUCUGCCAAGGGAGGCCGUGCGUUGAGAACGCUAUCAGUGCAGGCCUAGAGAUCGCCAGCUCUCCUGUCCUCGCCCUGGUGCUGCUGGGGAACAUUGUUUCCAUCGCGUUCUUCAACUUCUUCGGCAUCUCCGUCACCAAGUCGCUGAGCGCGACGCAUCGGAUGGUGCUUGACUCCCUCAGGACCAUCGUGAUCUGGGGCUUCUCCAUCUUUGCGCGCUGGCAGUCCUUCGAUCAGCGGCAGGUGAUCGGCUUCUGCAUCCUCUUCGCUGGCUCCAUGAUUUACAACGAAGUCAUCCGCCUUCCCUUCGCCAAGGAGGAGCCCUGGCCGGAGGCUGAGGUGAACAUCAGGGAGAAUGCAGUGAAAUACAUUUACGAGGAUUCUGAUGCUGAAGAGAACGAGGCACUGCUGAAUGAGCACGAUCGUCCGUGAGUGACGACUGGGUCACGUGACGUCAGCAGACCGUACAGCUGGAGAUAUUGCUUGGCAAGAUGUGAGGGAGUGAAUGAGUGAAUAAAGAAUGAUGUCUCAUG